UAAACCCUAAUCGCUCGCCUUUCGCAAGCUUACAUCUUUAUUUUCAUCUCUCUUCCCUCCUCUUUGCCGCGUAGGUCUUUACGAUUCGAGAACUGCAAUUCCGAAAGCUUUUACCAUAAAGCUUUCAUCAUCCUUAUAGUGUCCCCUCUCGAAGAUUAUAGAUAAAGUUCGAUCCUUUUUGUGCAACUGUUCGUAAUGACGCUGCUCGAAGCUAUCACCAACUCCGCAGCGAGUCAGGGACGAGUCGACUCGCAAUCCGACUACCCGUUCUCUCUCAGCCAAGACGGCGUCUUUGCCAACGUGAAACCCAAGGUAGAAAGCCCUAAUCCCGGUACCCUCGUCAGCCCAUUAACCGGGUGGGAAAUCUCCGGAAGCGAUGCUGGGCUGAUCAAAUUGGGAAAGAGCUUUUCGUCUAAGCUGAAAAGCAAGCUCAAGGAUACCAACAGGUUUGACAAGGGUGAGUUUUUGAGUAUGUUGAAGCAGUUUCUGGACAAGAUUGGUGGGGUUCCAGGGGGUGGUGAGAAGGAGGAGAUGAAGGAUUUGGUGGAGAACACUGAGCUUCUUAUGGGUAAAGAUGUAGCUGGGUUGGUUUGGGGGGAUAAAGCUUGUUCUGAUGUUCAGAAGAUGGUGGAGAAGACUGGGGUUUUGAUGGGUAGAGAUGUGUCUGGUUUGGUUUUGAAAGGAUGUGUUGGUUUGGAGAUGUGGGAGUUAGUGGAGACUUUGGUUUCAAACUCCUUGGUUGAUCAUUCUUUGAACGGUUAUUUAGUUAGCAGUCUUGUCGAGAAGCAACGGUCUGAUUUGCUCUGCGUUGUGAUCAAACAAGCUUCGGAUCUUGGAGCGAGCGAGCUGCUUUCAAUCUUGAAGUAUUUUCUCUGUCCUUCUAAGGAAGCGGUUAGCACUAUGGUUAAAGUGAGAGAAGAAUGGGACAGUGAGGCUUUGUCGGCUAUUGAGAAACUUAGCAACAAAGAGGUAUCAAAGAAGUCUAGAGUUGUGGCUGAAGAGGCUUCGGUCUUGCUGAUGGUUGCACACGACGGGUUUUUGCCCUCGGAGCUUUGUCUUCACUACUUGCUAGCUUCGUCUGGUGUUGACGAAGUCAUGUUUGCUUCUGCUGUUAGUAAGCUGAACGGUAAUGAGAUGAGAAGCUUCAUUCGGUACCUAUCGAAAUGGAUGAAGAAGUACGAGAGGUUCCCUCAAGCUGGUCCGUGUCCUAAAGCCGCCUCCAUUCUCGGUUUGAAGCUGUGCGAUUGGGUUCCUAAACUCGAGGAUGUGACCAAGUGUUUGGGACUAAUUAUCGAUGAGAACUUCUCUACUCUUGCUCUUCACUCGGAUUUGCAUGAAGAGCUGAAGGCUAUUGAGAGAGUAGCAGAUGGUUUAGCUUCGGAAUCAAAGCUUUGCGGUUUUGUGGCUAAUGUUGCUGAAAGAUUGAAACUUGGAGCUGCUGAUUGCUAGAUGUUUACAGUUCUUGGUGUUUGGUGCACAACCUUAUUAAACUUCUUUUUGAAUGUUUUCUUGCAGUGUCUUUUGUAUUUUCUAGUUUCAGUUAAAACUUAUUUUUUAUAAAAUAUAAUUUUGGUCGUUUA